UGCUAGCUAGCCCACGACCAACUGCUCCCGUCGACUCCACCAUCAGCUGAUUGCCGCCGCCGCCCAUCCAGCUCGGACUGACCGCUACGUCUCUCUCACUCUCACUUGCUCCUUGCUUUGGUCCUAAGCUAGCUCCUCCUUUCGAGACACGACCACUGCACACGCACGCGCAGGCCCGUUUUAAGCCUCCAUCGACCGGCAUGCGCUAGCUCUGCUCUGCUCCCACGCCAAAAUUGACCAACCAAAUGGCUCCCGAUGCAGCAGCCACCGGCAAGCUCCCUGAUCAGGCCCCGCCGCUGCUCGCGCAGGGAGAUCAUCAUCAGGCCGGCGCCGGGAACGGCAACGGCAAGCAGCAGCAGCUGGUGGAGUGCCCGCGGUGCGGUUCGGGGAACACAAAGUUCUGCUACUACAACAACUACAGCACCGCGCAGCCGCGCCACUUCUGCCGCGCCUGCCGACGCUACUGGACCCACGGCGGAUCCCUCCGCAACGUCCCCGUCGGCGGCGCAUGCCGACGCCGAGAUGCCGCCGCCUCUGGCAACGCCAACAAGCGCCGCAGGGCCAGCUCCUCUGACUCCGGCUACCCGUCGUCGUCCUCCGCCGAGCCGCCAUCGUCCGCGGCGCAGGACCAGCUCCCGCCGCCAGCCUUAACGUUCCCGUUCCUCAGCGACGGCACCGCUUUCUUCUUACCGCCGCCGCCGCAGUACGAUAUCAGCCUCGGCGCUGGCUCCGCUGCGGCGGCGUUCUCGUGGCCGCUCUACGACGGCGGGCUCGGGGCGGCGCCGUGGGAUGAUGGCACGCUCUCCGGCGCUGCCGCCGGUGCGGCGACGGGAGCGUGGGGGAACGUCGACGAGUUCACUGGCCUCGACCUCAGCUGGCCGCCAGCGUCCGGCAACUGACGUACUCCACAUCACAAUGAUCACAUCAGCCGGUCGAUCUCGCCGGCCGGUGCGUUUUGAGGCUCCCUGUUUUAGUGUUGCGGCCUUGAAUUCUUGAUCUCGAUCAGAUAGUGCUGAAGCUGAAUUUACCUUUGCCAUGCGGUUUGUGCUAUGUCUUCGUUCUGAGCUAGGAUCGUUCGUACCUUCGUACGCAGCUCAAUCCUCUCCUGUGACUUCACUGUUGUGGUGUGGUGACUACUGUUAGAACCAAAGGAAGAACCACGCAUGACCUGAUCUGUGCAGUGAAAAUUACAGUUAAUAAUAAAAGUUUGUUCCAGAGCA